AUGGAUACAGAAAAAUCAAUAGAUGAUCAAUUCUCCAAGCUUCAUCCUUCCAUGCCAGUAAACACCAAAAUUGGAAUAGUGGGUGCUGGUCCAAGUGGCUUAUCAGCUGCUUAUGCACUGGUCAGGCUUGGAUAUAAUAAUGUCACUGUCUUAGAGAAACAUCAUUCAGUUGGGGGCAUGUGUGAGUCAGUAGAAAUUGAAGGAAGGGUUUAUGAUCUAGGUGGCCAAGUUCUUGCUGCAAGCAGUGCUCCAGUCAUCUUUCACUUGGCAAAAGAGACAGGUUCUCCACUAGAAGAAAUGGACUCCCACAAGCUUGCUGUUAUUGACAGUUCCUCAGGAAAAUACCAAGAUAUCAAAGUUGCUGAUGAUUAUGUAUCUGUCAUGUCACUUACAUUAGCAAUCCAAGAAAAGGUGAAGCAUUCGGGUCGUUUUGGGGUUCAUGCUGUCAGUGAAGUUGCUUCAGACUUAGCUCCAGAAUAUCUUGAGCAACACGGACUUAAAACUAUCCCAAAAUCUGUGGCUUAUGGUUACACUGCUUCAGGAUACGGGUUUGUUCAAGAUAUGCCUUAUGCCUACCUUCAUGAAUUUACCAGAACUUCCAUGGCUGGAAAAAUUCGACGAUUUAAAGGUGGAUAUACGAGUCUUUGGCAGAGGAUUGCUGAUUCACUUCCUAUUAAACUUCACUGUAACACUGAAGUGCUCACUAUCAAGAGGAACUCUGAUUGUGUGACCGUUAAUGUCAAGUGCUCAAAUGAAAUUGAAACUAUGGAAUUUGAUAAGAUCAUAAUCUCGGGUAACUUCCCACUAAAAUAUGGAAGAACCUAUAGAUCAGUGCCUUCAACAAACUUAGAGUGCGAAUCAGAAGUCAUGGAUGUAAGUGAAGUUGAAAAGGAUUUAUUCAGCAAAGUUGAAACAAAUGACUACUACACAACUGUUUUAAAGAUAAAGGGCAUGGAACAUAUGCCUGUUGGAUUUUAUUAUUUUAGAGAAUAUAUGGAAGAUCCUAGCACGAUUGGAAAUCCAGUUGCCAUGCAGAAGUUUUAUGCAGACAGUAAUAUAUUCUUGUUCUGGUCCUAUGGAAACUCUGCCGAUAUUAAGGGACCAACGGUCAAUGAGCUUGCAAUCAAAUCAAUAAAGUCCAUGGGAGGAGAAGUUGAGAAUUUCAUUCUUCAACGUCGUUUUAAGUACUUUCCUCACGUCAGCAGCCAAGGUAUUUUUUCAAGUAGUUUUCAACAUUCAGUUUCCCCUUUCAAGAAAGAUUCUAAAUUUUGAAGUUUCAAGUGUAGAUAUGAGAAACGGAUUCUAUGAGAAGUUGGAGUCGGAGCUUCAAGGUUCAAGAAAUACUUAUUAUGUCGGUGGGCUUAUGGCGUUUGAGCUUACAGAGAGAAAUUCAUCUUAUGCCAUGGCUUUGAUCUGCAAGAAAUUUUCAAAUAGCAGUGAUUUGCCAGUGU